GGCCGGUGCUGCGGGGCUGCGCGCGCCAUGUCGGGGCGCUCGGUGCGGGCCGAGACCCGCAGCCGCGCCAAAGAUGACAUCAAGAAGGUGAUGGCAGCCAUCGAGCGCGUCCGCAGAUGGGAGAAGAAGUGGGUGACGGUGGGCGACACGUCUCUGCGGAUAUUCAAGUGGGUGCCAGUGGCGGACAGUAAGGAGAAAGAGAAAUCCAAAUCGAGUAGCAGCACGGCCCGAGAAGCCAAUGGCUUCCCAGCUGACACCUCUGCCAACUCCUCCCUCCUUCUGGAGUUCCAAGGUGCUGUUUCUGCAGAUGAGAACAGCAACCAGAGCUCCCUGUCUGAUGUAUACCAGCUCAAGGUGGACAGCAGUCCCAACUCCAGCCCCAGUCCUCAACAGAGUGAGUCCAUGAGUCCUGCCCACACAUCUGACUUCCGCACAGACGACUCACAGCCUCCUACCCUGGGGCAGGAGACCCUGGAAGAGCCCUCCCUGCCUUCCUCAGAAGUGGCAGAUGAGCCUCCCACUCUCACAAAGGAAGAGCCAGUCCCCCUUGAGACUCAGGUAACUGAAGAGGAUGAGGACUCUGGUGCGCCACCUCUGAAGAGAUUUUGUGCUGACCAGAACUCUGUGUGCCACACAGCCUCAGAGAGCUAACCUGCCUGGCCCGGCACCUUCGCCAGCCCCUUGCAGAGCCACCUGGCCCCCCAGGACCAGUGCUUCCCUCCAGCCUGCCCCUUCCCCAGUGUCGGGGCUCCCACCACUCGCAUCAAGUGCGCCCUGCCCUGCCCUAUCCUGCCCUGCCCGAUGGAUGGGGCUGCUGCCAGUACCUGCAAAUUUGCCUCUAUUUAUUGGCUCUCUCUCUCACUGCUCCCUGCCCUAGAGCUGGGGCUCUCUGCUGGGUGGGCUGCAUGUGGGGGGGGGGGGGUUCUCCAUGGGGCUCCCUGCUCUCCAUGGUCCCCAGGACACUUGGCAGAUGCUGUUUGCCUGCUUGUGGCUCCCCUGCCUGCCCUUCCCCUGGGUGCUGGGAACAGGAGAGGCACCUUCCACCUGCUGCGGGUGAUGUGUUCACUCGGUUGUGGGAGCAGGUGAUGAUGGGUGUGGGGGGCAGUGAGGGAGCGGCCAGCAGGGACCCACUGGGACGCUGUGCAAUAAGCUGCUAGUUUAAGCCAUUCAUGCCGGGAGAGAGUGGAGCGCUUUCCCCUCCCAGAGGGCAGGUCCUGACCGGCCUCGGCUCUGCCUCGGGGCACAACUCCAGCCGAGUGGAAUUUGCAGUCCCCCGGGAGCCUGCAGAGCAGGAGGAGCCGCUGCCCUAUGUUGGAGGGCCUUGCCCCGGCCUAGGUACCCGCUAUCUCCGAGGUGGGAAAGGAAGCAGCAGGGUGCUGGAGCUCCCGGGAAGCGCUCCCGCCCUGGGGCUCUGCUGCCCCCCAAUACCCGCUGCCCCCCUAGCCCCAACUCUCCCCCCGCUGCCACUGCAUGUCCCGCCGAGUCCGUGAUCGAGCAUGGUGAAGCUGGAGGCGCGGCCGCGCGUGGAAGUGGAAAGUUAUUUUAGCACUGAAUAGAAUAUUUUUAAAAUUAAACUUUGAAAUACAGA